AUGUCUCGGCGCAAGCAGGCCAAGCCCCAGCACCUCAAGUCGGACGAGGAGCUACCGCCGCAGGACGGGGCUUCAGAGCACGGCGUCCCCGGGGACGGUGCUGAGGACGGGGAGAGCGGCAGUGAGAGCAGGAGUGGCAGCGAGGAAACCAGCGUGUGUGAGAAGUGUUGUGCAGAGUUCUUCAAGUGGGCAGACUUCCUGCAGCACAAGAAGACUUGUACUAAGAACCCACUGGUGCUGAUCGUGCAUGACGAUGAGCCAGCGCCGCCCUCCGAGGACUUUCCAGAACCUUCUCCUGCCAGCUCGCCCAGCGACCGCACUGAGAGUGAGGUGGCUGAGGAGGUGGCACCCACGGAGGGCAGCGAGGUGAAGGCUCCAGCAAAGGAGGCUGAGCCCAUGGAUGUGGAGGCAUCAACGGACAAGGGCCCUCCAGGCCCAGGUGUGCCCCCACCGCCACCUGCACUGCCACCACAACCGGAACCCGUGGCCUUCAGCAUGCCUAGCACCAAUGUGACUCUGGAGACGCUGCUCAGCACCAAGGUGGCGGUGGCACAAUUCUCCCAGGGUGCACGAGCGGGCGGCACGGCAGGCGCCGGUGGAACCGUGGGCGCUGUGGCCAUCCCCAUGAUCCUAGAGCAGCUGGUGGCACUGCAGCAGCAGCAGAUCCACCAGCUCCAGCUCAUUGAGCAGAUCCGCAGCCAGGUGGCCCUGAUGAGCCGCCAGCCCGGGCCUCCACUGAAGCCCUCGGCCAGUGCCCCUGGCACCGCCUCGGUACAGCUGCAGGGCCUGGCUCCACACACAGCUCUCCAGCUUUCCACUGGACCAGCCACUGCCUCUGCUGGCUCGGGCUCCACCCUCCCAGCGCCCUUCGAUGGCUCCCAGCACCUGUCUCAGCCUGCCUCUGGCACAAGCACUCCCUGCAGCACCGGUGCUGCCCCCACCGAAUCUGGGGCACACCCCGCCUGCAGCACUGGUCCUGCUCCGGGAGUUGUGGCCGCAGCAUCCAGUACAGUGGGCAACACAGUGCAGCCCCAGAAUGCAUCUACGCCCCCGGCCCUGGGUCCCGGGCCUCUCCUCAGCUCAGCCUCCAAUCUGCCAAACCCUCUGCUACCUCAGACUUCAUCCAGCAGUGUCAUCUUCCCCAACCCCCUGGUGAGCAUCGCUGCCACAGCCAAUGCCCUGGACCCGCUGUCGGCUCUCAUGAAACACCGCAAGGGCAAACCCCCUAAUGUGUCAGUGUUCGAGCCCAAGGCCAGUGCCGAGGACCCUUUCUUUAAGCACAAGUGUAGGUUCUGUGCCAAGGUCUUCGGCAGUGACAGCGCCCUGCAGAUUCACUUGCGUUCCCACACUGGGGAGCGGCCCUUCAAAUGCAACAUCUGCGGGAACCGCUUCUCCACCAAGGGCAACCUUAAAGUCCACUUCCAGCGGCACAAGGAGAAGUACCCCCACAUCCAGAUGAACCCCUAUCCUGUCCCAGAAUACCUCGACAACGUGCCCACCUGCUCCGGCAUUCCCUAUGGCAUGUCCCUACCCCCAGAGAAGCCAGUGACCACCUGGCUGGACAGCAAGCCAGUGCUGCCCACUGUGCCCACAUCAGUAGGGCUGCAGCUACCCCCAACUGUCCCUGGCACCCACAGCUACACCGACUCCCCCAGCAUCACCCCCAUCAGCCGUUCCCCACAGAGGCCCUCUCCAGCAUCCAGCGAAUGUACCUCUCUGUCUCCAGGCCUCAACAAUACUGAGUCUGGUAUCCCAGUGAGGCCGGAGUCACCCCAGCCACUCCUCAGUGGGCCUUCAGCUACUAAAACGGAGCCAGUCAGCCUGCCUUGCACUAGUACAAGGACGGGGGAUGCCCCUGUGGUGGGCGGGCAGGUCAGUGGAUUGCCCACUUCAACUGCCACCACUGUCACAGACAGCACCUGUGCAAGCCUCGGGAGCCCCGGUCUUCCGGCUGUUUCUGACCAGUUCAAGGCCCAGUUUCCUUUCGGCGGGCUGCUUGACUCUAUGCAAACGUCAGAGACCUCGAAACUGCAGCAGCUGGUGGAGAACAUCGAUAAGAAGAUGACUGACCCAAACCAGUGCGUCAUCUGCCACCGCGUGCUGAGCUGCCAGAGCGCCCUGAAGAUGCACUACAGGACACACACCGGGGAGCGGCCCUUCAAGUGCAAGAUCUGUGGGCGCGCCUUCACCACCAAGGGCAACCUGAAGACGCACUUUGGGGUGCACCGUGCAAAGCCCCCACUCCGAGUGCAGCACUCGUGCCCCAUCUGCCAGAAGAAGUUCACCAAUGCCGUGGUGCUGCAGCAGCACAUCCGCAUGCACAUGGGAGGGCAGAUCCCAAACACGCCGCUGCCCGAGGGCCUGCAGGAGGCCAUGGAUGCCGAACUGCCCUUUGACGAAAAGAAUGCAGAGACCCUCAGCAGCUUCGACGAUGACCUUGAUGAGAACUCCAUGGAGGAGGACUCAGAGCUGAAGGACACGGCCAGCGAGUCAUCUAAACCACUUCUCUCCUAUUCGGGGUCCUGUCCGCCCUCACCCCCAUCUGUCAUCUCCAGCAUUGCUGCCCUCGAGAACCAGAUGAAAAUGAUCGACUCGGUCAUGAACUGUCAGCAGCUGGCCAGCUUGAAAUCAGUGGAAAACGGGUCUGGGGAAAGUGACCGCUUGAGCAAUGAUUCCUCAUCCGCGGUAGGUGACCUGGAGAGCCGCAGUGCAGGCAGCCCCGCUCUGUCUGAGUCCUCAUCCUCCCAAGCUCUGUCGCCAGCUCACAGUAAUGGUGAGAGCUUCCCUUCCAAGUCACCAGGUCUUGGCCACCAGGAGGAUCCCCAGGAGAUCCCACUGAAGACUGAAAGGCUGGAGAGCCCACCCCCCGGCCCAGGAAAUGGAGGUGCCCUGGACCUGACAGCGGGCCACCCUGGGCGGCCACUCAUCAAGGAGGAGGCCCCUUUCAGCCUGCUGUUCCUGAGCAGAGAGCGGGGUAAGUGUGUGAGCACUGUGUGUGGUGUCUGUGGCAAGCCCUUUGCUUGCAAAAGCGCGUUGGAAAUCCACCACCGCAGCCAUACCAAGGAGCGGCCAUUUGUCUGCACGGUCUGCAGGCGAGGCUGCUCCACUAUGGGUAACUUAAAGCAGCACUUACUGACACACAAGUUGAAAGAGCUGCCUUCUCAGUUUGACUCCGACUUUACUCUAGGUCCCAGCCACAGCACACCUAGCCUGGCCUCCAGCCCCGCGCCCACCAUGAUCAAAAUGGAAGUGAACGGUCACAGCAAGGCCAUCGCACUGGGUGAGGGCCCAGCCCUACCAGCUGGAGUCCAGGUCCCCACUGGGCCCCAGACAGUGAUGAGCCCUAGCCUGGCACCCAUGCUGGCACCCCCACCACGACGGACACCCAAGCAACACAACUGUCAGUCAUGUGGGAAGACCUUCUCCUCCGCCAGUGCCCUGCAGAUCCAUGAACGCACCCACACUGGGGAGAAGCCCUUCGGUUGCACCAUCUGCGGCAGGGCCUUCACCACCAAGGGCAAUCUCAAGGUACACAUGGGCACCCACAUGUGGAACAAUGCACCUGCAAGGCGUGGCCGCCGCCUGUCUGUGGAAAACCCCAUGGCCCUGCUCGGUGGUGACGCUCUGAAGUUCUCUGAGAUGUUCCAGAAGGACCUGGCGGCUCGGGCCAUGAACGUUGACCCCAGCUUUUGGAACCAGUAUGCUGCUGCCAUCACCAAUGGACUUGCCAUGAAGAACAAUGAGAUUUCUGUCAUCCAGAAUGGAGGCAUUCCUCAGCUCCCAGUAAGUCUAGGCGGAGGUGCCAUCCCGCCUUUGGGUGCCAUGGCUGGUGGGGUGGACAAGACGCGCACUAGCAGUAGCCCGCCCAUUGUCAGCUUGGACAAAACAAGCUCAGAGACGGGAGCCAGCCGGCCAUUCACAAGGUUCAUUGAAGAUAACAAGGAGAUUGGAAUAAACUAGUCAGAUAUACUUCAGACUUCUCCCUCCUGCUCCAUCCCAAGUCCACAGUUUGAGCAUCAGGCUUUGGACCUCACAUGCCUGGGCUCUCACUAAUGUUUUAUCCAUGACAGGAAAUACCUGUACCGUGUGGCUGCUGUAAGGUGGCCUGGUGGGUGCCCCUCAGGGCAUCUUCAACAGUUUGACUGUUCUUGAGAACUCUGCAACCUUUUAAGCAAAUUUCAGACAAAGGCUUAAGUGCUUGGAAAACUGCCUUAGGAACAGAAAGAGCUCAGACCAUAUCUACUUCAUUGCUCCUAGAACCUAGUGACCCCCUUGUGAGGGGGAGCAGGGUCCCCUGUGGUAAUCCAGUGAGCUGUAUUCCAUGGUUUUGUUCAAAUUCUGUAGGCACUUGAACUCUGUUUUAGGGACUCUUCAUCUUGAGGAAGCAGCUCAGUGCUUCAAAUGCUGUGUGUUAUGACAGUCUCUUCGUCUAUAGUAUUUAUGUUAAGAUUAUGCGGGUAACAGACAAUAAAAUAACCCAACCUUAAAUGAGGAUCUUGUAUCACAGAAUACAUCUGGCUAUGUGAUUUUUUUUUAAAGCAAGAGUUGCUUUAUUAUAAAUAAGUGGAUUAAUUAAAUGCAGGCAAAAUUGUGACGUUCUAUUGGGAAAGAUAGCAUGCUUUUUGUGUGCAAGUACCUGUCAGUAACACCCCCCUCCCCUUUUUUAAUUUAAAUGUUUGUAGCUGCUAUGUGAACGGUUGUUCUCUAGUGUGGUCUGUAGCCCAGCGGUUGAUUGGGAACAAGUUACAGACAAGCAUCACCGUAAAAUGAUUCGCAGCAUUAUAAACAGUUGUGAGUAAAUAUUUCGCAUUAUCGACGCUGUAUAAUAAAGAGGUAAUGUUUGUAUAAUGUGGUUGCAAAUCUUAAUUUAUACAAUUGCACUUUUAGUAUUUUGUAUUAGGGAGGUUUGUCUAUAAUUUGAGAAUUUACAAAAGAUGUAUUUUAUAAAUAGUACCUCGGUUUAAAGAAAAUGGAGAAAAAAAAUAUGUCACAGUUUGUUUUGUCUUAAAGUUGAACGUGAGAAAUCUAUGCUGUAUGAGCAGAGAAGCCACCAAGGCUUGUCGGCACCUCAAUAAAAUAAGGCCUGCCAUUUCUUAAAUUAACAUGAUUUAUUUAACUUUUCUACAAAACCCAUUGAAAAACUGUGAGCACCCUACCAAAACUUUGACAAAUUAGUCUUAGUUCUGUGACAUAGAAAAGGAAAAAAAAAAAACCAACAGAGUGAACGUUGUGUAGGUGUGACUUACUGUAGGCUCACCUCUUCCUCCCACACACAUGAGAUGUGACUGCCUCCUAGCUCUGGCCGUGGCGUGAAGGAGAACCGUGAGUGUCUGGCAGUAGUCAGUCAUAGCUUUGACGUUUUCUGAGUCCAUGAUUUAUUGUCUUUCCAAGAGCCAACACGGUGCAGUGUCCUGAUGAUCCCAAAGUCUUUGCUGAUGACUUGUCUAAACCGCAUGCAGUGAGCAGAGGCCAGAGGCAGGGAGGCGGGGCUGAACCCAAACUUGAACGUCAGUGUUGUGUGUACUACCUCAUUUUUGUGCAUCGCAAGCAUGCUGGGAUGUGACACGAUGACCUUCCAACAGAAUUGCUCAAGACGUAGGUAGCUGGGUACCUCGACAGGGAGUGGUCUGCGCCUGGAGGCUGAACCAGACAGUGUGAGACAGACGGAUAGAGCAGUCACCUCAAACAACUGAAUCAACAGGAAAAGGCGCUGCAGGGGAGUGACUACCGCUGGCCCGCUGGCCCGUGGCUGAGCAGAGAGCUUCUGGGGCUCGUUAUCUGUUUCUGUCUUUGGAAAUGAACACGGAACUCUCUGACUCUCUUUUCCACAUAGUGAGGUGGAGUGUCUCCAGGCCAUGCCAUCUCUUGCUGGGGGAUGGGACCGGGUGCUUCGGCUUUGGGAAAAGGAAGAAAAAUGGCUAAUGUUGCCGGGCUCUGGGCAGUUGAACGUCUUGUUAUUUAUCUGUGUCCUGGUGUGUUUGUCCCCACUCUCGGUUGGUAUUUGGCACCAUGUUAGUGUUCUUCUCUCAAAACGAUGUGUAUAUAACUUAAGAGAAAUGUAAAGCAUUAUAACUGAGAUGGCUGAGGAAGGUGCCGUGACCACCGCCAUUCUGUGUUCAGGGCCGCUGUCCCUCUGCGUGGUGAAGAGAGACACUAUUUUUAUAAACAUAAAACCAC